AUCGUAAUUCAGAAGCAAUGAGAGAAAAAGGAUCAAGCACCCUUUCUGAUCCUGACAUCUCAUGCACAUCAUCUGACAUAGGCGAGGAAUACAGCAGCCGGCAUAGUGAAUUCUCCGGGUGUGGGCACCAGCGUACAAGCGCUGAGGGUUCACCGAUGAUGAAGUCACCCUGGAACCAGGGUAUACCGUGGUCCAUAUCCAACCUGGAUGACCCGAAUUUUCCAAUGAAUGGGCUUGUUGGUUCCUUGGUACGAGAAGAAGGGCAUAUUUAUUCACUUGCAGCCUCUGGUGACCUCCUUUACACGGGAUCUGACAGCAGAAAUAUUCGUGUAUGGAAGGACCUGAGCGAGUUCUCAGCCUUCAAAUCCAAUAGCGGGUUAGUAAAGGCGAUUCUAAUAUAUGGUGAAAAGAUUUUUACAGGUCAUCAAGAUGGGAAGGUCAGGGUCUGGAAAGCAAGUUCCAGAAACCCGAGACAUUAUUGUCGUGUAGGCACAUUCCCAUCAUUCUUUGCCAUCCUAAAGUGUUCCGUGAGGCCAAAAAAUUACGUUGAGGUGAAACGUAAGCACACUGCAGUUUGGAUCAAACAUUGUGAUGCAAUCUCGUGCCUUAGCAUGAACGAAGAAGUUGGUUUACUUUAUUCAGGUUCAUGGGAUAGGACAUUUAAAGUAUGGAAAAUAUCAACUUCAAGAUGUAUAGAAUCCGUGAAGGCCCAUGAUGAUACAGUUAACUCCGUCAUUUCAACCGUUGAAGGAUUUGUUUUCACCGGAUCUGCAGACGGGUCAGUAAAGGUCUGGAAGCGUGUAAGAAAAGGAAAGAGGUCUAUAAAGCACAUAUAUGUAAAAACGUUAUUAAAUCAAGACAGUGCAGUAACGGCAUUGGCAGUACCAAACACAGGCUCUUUUGUCUAUUGUGGUACCUCGGACGGAAUAGUUAAUUUCUGGGAACAAGAAACGCAGUUUGCACACAGUGGUGUCCUUAAUGGACACAAAUUGGCGAUUCUGUGUCUUGAAGCUGCUGGAAAUUUGGUGUUCAGUGGAUCAGCUGAUAAAAUGAUAUGUGUGUGGAAAAGGGAGGGCAUUAAGCACACAUGUUUGUCGGUGCUUACGGGCCACUCUGGUCCCGUGAAGUGCCUGGCGGUGGUUAGGGAAAUGGAGUCAAGCAUUGCCCAGAGAUGGAAAGUUUACAGUGGCAGUUUGGAUAAAUCUGUGAAAGUAUGGAGUGUUUCAGAGUUGGCACCUGCCAUACAACAAAUUGAUGUCGUGCAGAAUGGAAAUGUUUUUCCAAUACCCUCUGCCAAAUUUUGAUAAGCUUGUAUUUCACAUUUAUGGAG